UUUUACAUCACCUUAUGGGUUUAAUACAUGGUGCUUGAGCGAGCUGUCUCGAGCGGAUUGGCAUCUAUUUUCUAUCGUGGCGGGAGGAGGCGCCGAUGGGCGAGGAGAGAAAUGAGAGGUCAAAGGGGGAAUUAGCUAGAGCGAUGGAAGAUGAGUAAUGGAAGACGCACCCACGCACGUUCCUCCUCUGCGUCGUGCAGUGCAGUGGAGAAACCCGAUCCCUAUCUGUGCUACGGUUGUCGAUGCGUGAACGGUGAACACAACCUACCGGCCCAAGCCCGAGCUCCUCGCCGUAACAUUUUACCCACGACGAGGUCGGAGAUUCGGACCCCAUGCGGCGAUGGGAUUCCCUCCCUUGCUGUGUCCCGGCCCGCCAAUCUACCCCAGGGUCCACUGCAUCCCUGUUUUUCCGAGCCGAGGCAGCGAAGCGAGCCGCCAUCUCAGCAGUGCGGUGGGUGCAACAGGGCUGCGCCGACGAACCGCCGAAGGGAGACAUCGCGUCUCGGCGCCCCAUUCGACGUGCGCAGAGUCGGGGCUUGAGGGUGGGAAACUCGGGCUUGGACGUCGAGUGCGGUGUGUGCAGUCCGUCUCAGGCCGACGACUGCACCUCUCGGAAUCGGCCCCGCCUUGGGAGCGUGGCCGUGCGAAUGCAUGCACGCGUGGACCCUGCGUUGCCGUGGACCCUGUGGUAGCGUGGCUCCCGAGUGGAAGACGGAGGCGCGUUGGGCCCAAGGGAUGCAGUGCGGAAGCGGAUAGAGGGGUGAGGCUGUGGCACUGUGGUGUGACUGUGGCGCUGUGCGGCAUCACCAUUACUGUUGGGUUGAUGAUGAUGGGAGCCGGGCUGGAGUGCAUACAUAGAAGGGGUUUUGCGUCUUUAAGAUCGGUACACCGUCGAGGGGGUGGGUUGGUCUGAAAAGACAAGCUAUGUGGGAGGUGGGGGAGUGGUGU